CCGUGUAGACGACGUUCGAACGCGCGAGUGAUUUUUUGUGUUCCUUUGGGAUUCUGGCAUCCUGCGGUUUGCCACCAUCAGGCAUGCAUUACAACAACUGCGGGGAAAGGAAGGCGGGAUACGUUUGUUCCGCGGUGCAUUCUGCCGGAGGAUCGCCAGCAACGGGUGGUCGUUAGAAGCGACGUGUCGAGCGAUUGCGUGACUCGAGUGGAAAGUGUGACCUCCCCGGGGGAGGUAAGAGCUUACCGCGGUAAAAAAAAUUAGAAUGAAUUCCAACCAGGGCAAAGGUAUUUUCAGUACCGAUUCACGCUGUUGCUGCAUCUGAUAGGGGGUGCAUUGAGUCCAGAGCACACUGGUGGAUUGGCAACGGAAUUUGCCUGUGGCUGUAUUUUUUCGACUCCGGAAAGGAAUUUGCAACGAUUGUACCGCGCGUCGGGAAUUUACGUCGAGAACGGCGACUGCAUUAUCAAAUAUUUAGCUACGUUGCAUUAUUCGCGCUGCUGCUUGAAUGCACAGGAUCAGUUAAUGGAAGCUUACGUUCGCCGAUGAGAUCCCCCGUGGGAAAAGUGCGUCAUGUGAUUGGGGAUAACUAGAGUGGAAAAAUUACAUGUCCCUCGGAUUUCGGGGAAGGAAAAAGGUGUCAUUAAUCAUAAGCCUAGAUUAAAAUAAACACGACAGUUAACGGUCGUCGGGGUGCGUUGCCGGUUUGGGGGUGAUUUUCGAGUGCAAAUGAGUGUUCGAUGGACGACGAGCGUUAGGAUUACAACGACUUACAUAAUAUUUUGGGUGAACCGAGUCGAAUAAACCUGCUCAGCGGUGAUAAUUGGAUGAAAAGUGUUUUGCUUUACACGACUUCGAACAAGAAUUUCUGGGCAGUUCCAAGUGGAGCAUAUCGCAAGUGAGUGACGGCGAGGUAACGCGACUGGAUGUGACGACGUGGAGUGAAAUCCAGGAAAUUACAAAAGCCAUAAUCCAUUUCCGUUUAGUGGGCUUCGCCGAGGGGAAGGUGCGUUGUCGAAGCCUGAUGGCAUGUUUAUGGGUUUAAUGGAAACCAAUCAGUGAAGUGAAACGACAAUCACCGUGCCCGGUUGAGCCUAAUCAGCACAUGCCACGGUGAGUUCGGGUCGAGUUCGACCGAUAAAAGUUGAGACCAUAAAUCAAACAGCCCAGAUGACAUACCGAAUAACUCAACGGAAUCCAACGGCAAAUGCUACUGCUGGCUUGAUGUCGUCAUUUUGCAAGUGUUUACUGAACUGAUCCGCCAAAUCGAGCCACGUCAGUUGUUUAAUAAUUAGCAGCUCAACGUCCCAGUAGCUUCUGCUGCUGCCGCUGCAGUUCACAGAGUGGAUAAUAAACAUGAAAAGUAAAUAUUAUUAUCACCCGUGCUACAGUUGGUGCCGGUAGGCGGAUCGUUUGUUCGAGGUGUUUAUGGGCCGUUGAAAUAAUAUUUGCAAUUUUCCGAUGUAUUUUCCGUGCUGAGCGAAACGAGCCCUAGAGUAAUCAACUGUCGAAAAUAGACAAAGAAGACCAUAUUGAAACGGACGGACACGUGCAAAAAUAAUUGCUUCCGAGAACAAAUUUGCACGAUAUAUGUCAGCGCAGUCCGAACCGCGUUUCCGGGGAAAGUGAAGUUCUAUCGCUGGUGGGUUUUAACUUUCAUCGGGAUGUAAUGUGUCCCUGAUGGGAUUGAGCUGAUCAAUUAAAACCAAUUAAUAAUCCGGAAAGCAUCAUUACAAAUUCCAGUGAAAUUUGAAACGAAUGGAGUGUACAUUGCGUAAAAAGAGGGAGGAAUAAAGUGUGGAAAAGCGGAGCACCCAGGAAAGGUCAGAAGAAUUAGAGCAAAAAGCUGUUAUAAUGCUGCAUGUGACUAACGGUAGCAUGAUUCAAAUUCGGAAAAGCACUGCCCAGUCAGUGUUGCUGAUGGUGACUGCGAUACUGUUGCUGGGAAGCAUCGAAAGGAUUCACGUACACGGCGAAUCAUUCAAAUCAGAUGUCCCCGUGCAGGUGGAGAAGGUGCUGGUUAACGAUACGGCGCAGAUCAAGUGUGACGUAUCGUCCAAUCUACCGGCCGAUCGGGUUCUACUGGUCGUGUGGUACAAAGAUAACGUACCCAUUUAUAGCUACGACACCCGAGUGAAACCCAACGAACCGCCGUCGCACUGGAGAGACGGCUCCAUCCUGGAAAAUCGUGCCAAAUUCAAGCUCCAGGAACGGGACAAGAGUCGGGCAGAACUGGUGAUCAAUCCAGUUCUGAAAAAGGAUGCCGGAGUGUUCCGUUGUCGGGUGGAUUUCCUCCUAUCGCCUACCAAGAAUAGCAACGUUAACCUAGAAAUAGUGGUGCCACCAGAAGUGCCGAAAAUUCAGGAUUCCAGUGGGUUCGAGCUACCGGCUCAUGCUGGUCCAUAUGAGGAAGGUGGCAUCCUGGAACUGACUUGUGUAGUUCGGGGAGGUGUACCAACUCCGAAAAUUACCUGGUCCAGCAAUGGCAAAGUACUUCCGAGCACAAUGAUGGAGUACUCCCACGAGUCGACGCUCAGCAGCAAACUGGUGGUGCGAAAUCUGUCCCGUGACCACCAGCACACCGUCUACACCUGCCAGGCCAGUAACUUCUUCAAACGGAACGUGACCACCAACGUGACGAUCGAGCUUCGGUUACGACCCUUGCUGGUGGAAAUUGUCAACGGUAGUACGCCACUUUCGUCCGACCGGCACUACGUUAUCCAGUGUGAGUCGAGCGGGUCACGGCCACCGGCCAAAAUCAGUUGGUGGAUGGACGAGAAGCAGCUGAUGGCAAGCAAUCAGACGACGUCCGAAAACGGAAACAGCACCACUUCGCUGCUGAGUAUCACACCGACGAGGGAUGACCACGGCCGAACACUCACCUGUCGGGCCGUAAACGAGCUGGUCAAGCGGGGGACGAAGGAAACCUCGAUCAAGCUGAACGUCUUCUAUCUUCCCACGCUGAAGCUCGAGCUGGGCACGAAUAUGAAUCCGGAAGACAUCGAGGAAGGAGAUGACGUGUACUUUGAAUGUAAAGUGAAUGCAAAUCCGUCUGCAUACAAAGUGGUGUGGAAGCAUAAUGAUCAAGUGGUUCAACACAACUCGAAAACCGGUGUGAUAAUGAGCAGUACGGCGCUGGCAUUGCAAGCCGUCACCCGACAUCAGGCCGGUAACUACACCUGCAUUGCAUCCAACGUGGAAGGCGACGGAGAGAGCAACACCGUGGACCUGAAAGUGAUGUACAAACCCAUCUGCCGGCCGGAUCAGAAAAAAAUUUAUGGGGUGGCACGGAACGAAGCGGCCGAGAUACUGUGUCAGGUGGACGCCUACCCAGCGCCGGAGUCGUUUAAGUGGUCCUUCAAUAACACGGCCGAAACGAUCGAUAUGCCCCAGAGUGGCUACCGGGUACAUACCGAGCAGGCGUCCACCUUGACUUACACGCCGGUUAAGGAGCAGGACUACGGCACGAUCAUGUGCUGGGCGGACAACGCGGUCGGACAGCAGCGGGAGCCGUGUGUGUUCCAUUUGAUUGCCGCCGGCAAACCGGAGAUGCCCUACAACUGUUCCCUGGUCAACCAGACGUCCGAAUCGCUCGAGGUGAACUGCGGAGAAGGUUUCGACGGUGGUCAGCGGCAGGCGUUCGUCAUGGAGAUCUACGACCAGCAGACGCACAUGCUGCUCGCCAACGUUUCAUCCGGGCUGCCGAUGUUUACCGUGCGGGGGUUGGAUUCUGGCCGGUUGCUGAAAAUCGUCAUCUACGCCACCAACAUGCGGGGCCGCAGCGAGCCGAUCCUGAUGCCCGCGUACACGCUGAAGCCCGCGGAAAAGCAAACCGGUCCGCAUGCCGAGUUCGAAUUAUCGCCGAUCCUAUCGAUCGGGAUAUUUAUUGGCAUUUUAACGGUGAUAAUCUGCAUAAUAAUCGCCGUCGCUGCCGCUGUGAAGCUGCGCACCAGCCAACCCGGAAAGGGCCACCACGCGGCCAGCGGCAACGGCAAGGCGGGCGGUCUCGGCAAGCGGCCCGGUAAUCUACCAAUUAAGGAGAAAAUCUCGUUACCGCUCAGCCAAUCGGAGGACAUGUACGACGAGAAGAAUCCGGACGUGGUACCCACGAACGAAGAUCCCGAUUACAAACUGAUAUCGGCAAAUCAGACCCCAACGGCACUGCAUAAUUCAUUAUGCAACAGCAAACACGACAUCAUCGGUCGAACGAUACUGGACGACAGCCGGAAAACCUAUCUAACUGGGCCGUCUAACGAAGUGCACUACGCGGAAUUAGCAUUAGCAAUACCUCACGAUGACAAUAGCAAUAAAAAUCACCUCAAUCAUCUGAAAAAGCUACCGCCCCCUCCGGCGUACAACUAUUUCGACGAGCCGACGAUCUACGCCCAGAUAGAUCACGGUGGCAGCAACUACAAAACGUCCGCCAGCUCUCAAUUUCCGCUGAUAUCGCCCGUGUCCCAGCAGCCAACGACACCCGCCCAGCAGCAUCAGUCACAAUUAACGUUACAGCUGCCAACGGACCAUCACAGUAGCAACCACAGCCAGCAGCAGCACACGCCAACCACGCUGCUGCAAAAUCACACACCGACCUCGUUGCAGCAGCACCAACUGCACCAGGCCCCUCCACCGCCGGCACCGCAGCCGCUGCACCUGCCUAAUAGCAACAACAACAAACAAUACCUGCGCGAAAUUGUGACUGUGCGGACCCCGCUGGCGUUCUCACAACAAGAGAGUUGUGUUUAAUUAAAAUUUACUUCCAAAAACAGCACCCGGGCAGCACUAGAGGUCCGCGCGUCUGGAUCUGUGUAUGUAUGUAUUUACGUACGUGGAAUGUAGGCUAUUUGAAUUAUGUAAAAAGGUUACGAUAGGGGAAUAGCUAGGGAAAAAUUUGGUGCCGGAAUUCGGACACGACAAACGACAUCACCCGGGGACAUGUUUUGCUUCCGCUCACUGCACUGGCGCGCAUGUGGCAAAUCGAUUAGUUUGUUCGACUCAUUGGACGGGACGUGACCCAACCGUGGAAUGGAGUUAUUGUUACGAUGCUACCUGUGACGGACAGUUUUGGUACAGAAAUAUCAAGAAGGAUGUGAAUCAAUCAAAAAUUCAAAAUUUGAAUCAAUUUAUGCAAAAUUCGAAUAAAAUUACAGAUUUUAUUGUUUUAUUCCAAAGAUCCAGUGAAUGAGGCAUGAAAAAAUAUAUUAAAUAUUUCGAUGUGUUGUU